UCUGCAAAAGCAUAAAAACUAAAUACCAGAUCGAAUAAAAUGGAGUAAUUAAAUCAACGCAAUGUGAAAGUAGACAAAGAAAAUUUAAAUAAAAUAUACUAUGAAAAUACAGUAAAUAAAAAUAAUGAACUAUAUGUCAUGUUACCAUAUGUUUAAUUUGUGAUCAUGAUAAAGUCAAACAAAAAAUGUAAAAAACAAAAAAAAAAAAUUAAAAAUUUUGUUGGACUGCAGAAAUUGUCUGCACCCAAUAAUAUCUGGCAACUCUGCUGUUAAACCUGCAAACAAAAACAGCAGCCAUUUUGUAGCUUGUAGGUUUUGUAACAACAAAGAAGGAAUUCGUGGAAAGAAAAGUGUUAGUAAAUUAAUUAAAAAAUAUGUGGAUAAUGUUUACAAACUUUUGUAAGCAAUAAGUUUAAGAUUAUUAAAAAAAAAAUAAAUUUUAAAUAUUAUUUUAAGCUGUUUCAAGGAGAAGAUGUAGAUAAACUAUGAUGAAAAUUUUAAAACAUUUUAAUUUGGAAACAUCAUUUCAUUUAAGGGGAUUUUUCAUAUCCGUAUAUCCAUAAAAAUUUAACAGCCAUGAACUCAAAUACUGUGAAUGUAGUAUAUAACUUUAAUAGUAAUGCAGUUAUUGAGUGUGAAUAUAAAAUAACUACCUUAUUUGGGAAGGCAGACAGAGCAACUACUCUUAAUUCUCCUAUUUAUGAAUGUUUCCUAAAGUAUGAAAACAAUAUCAAAAGUACAUGUUUUAUUCAGAAUCAACAUGAUGAAGAGCUGCCAGAGGAUUUGGAGGACGAGGACGACACGGAUACAAUUAUGUUUCCAAUUAAUACUAAAAGAUUAGGUAUAAGAUGGCGAAAAAAAACAAACAUGCAAAAACGAAAACGUCACUUAAUGCAAAGAGAUUAUGCAAAAAAUAUAAGCAACAAUUCAUCCUCCUGCAUAUUAGGUUAUCAACGACCACUUACAUCAAGGAUAUCGAUAACACACCGCAAUGAAAAACAACAACAAUAUUGGAAAAAUUACAAUUUUAGAUUACGCAAUUCAAAUAUUCGGUCAAUUAUAUCUGAAAAGGAAUCCUUAUCGAAUUCUAACUAUAAUUCGUCCAACACAAAGUAUCGUUUAGAACAUGAUAAUACAGAAAACACAAAAAAAUAUUUAGAGUUUGAGGCUGAUGAUAAUAAGGGAAAGCAGUUUUUAUUUGACAAAAUGCAAAAGCGAUGGCGUCAUCACAAACAUCGUACAAGGAGCUAUAGCGCAAUACUUAAUUUUGUCAUGCUAAUGCUGUCAUGUUCAUACCUUCAACAGCGAAAAUGCAAAUUUCUACAUGUCUUAUUUGUUAUACUAUUAACAUUAACACAGUAUACUGAUUCCAUUCAAGGUUUGCUGGUGUCGAAAUCUUCAACAGCUAUUGGUUUAGAUUUGGGUUCCACCAACUUCGAAAAUGUUAGCGAUAUACUAGUAUAUAACAAUACCAAUAACAGUGCAAGUAACAGUAGUAAUAACAGUAUUAGCAAAAGAUUAACAAAAAGUUCUUUUAAUUUGGAGCAUGACGGAGGAGAGAGAGGGGAGACAUAUCUUUCCGGUAGCAAAAGUCUUAUUAUAACAUCAUCUACAGAGGGUGUGACUUCUGGUGGUGCUUAUCUGGAUAAAUUGGAUAACCUGGAGCGAAGUUUGGCUGCAGUGUUAAUAAAAGUUGCGUACGGCACUACUUCAACAACCAAACGUAGCAUUCCCGAAAACAGUUAUGUGCCAAGUUUAACAACAAUAGCUACACCUCUACUCACUACGUUAAGAUAUCAAGAAAAAUCCCAUCAAUCUCAGUUAAAUAUACAUCAUCGUAAUUACGAAUUAGAUUUGGAAAGAGAUCACGCUUUGCCAACUUCAGCACCAAAUGCAGAUAUUUUAAAAAGUAAUAGUAAUCCGACAUAUCCUAAUCCAAAUCGUCAUCACAAUCAUGACCGCGAUAGACACAGACACUUAAUAAAUUCAACGCCGAAGCCAUCAUUGCCUAAUAUAUUGAAAAAAACCGGUGGUCAUAUGCCCACUAUUUCCAUGUUCCCUGGUGGUGGUGAGUUACCAUCAUAUUCACCACCAUCUCGGUCAUUCUUUACACCCCCACUACCACCAGAAUAUCAACAUCCCUUUGCUGACAAACCAACAUUGCGCGGAACUAAUAACGAGGGAAUAAUUGAACCCAACUCUGGCAGCUACAUAAACCGCAGACCUAUACCGCCACCCAGUUUGAUGCCUGGACAUGAACGUAUACCUUUAAGACCUCCAGAUUUAAGUGGGUCGUCGAAUAAUAAUGAAGGUGUAUCAGCGGCACAAAUACCGUCAUCAGCUGGUAGUACAAAAUCUCCUUUAUAUUCUUUGACGACAAUGAGUGACCAUCACGAAAGUGAUAUUAAAAAAUCGUUAAAUACUCCCUCAAAAGUGACAGGUAUUAGUUUGGAAAAUGUCUCGAACGUAGAAGGAAUAAAUAUAUCAUCAUCUGGUGUAUAUUUAGACGCAAAUAAUAGUAUAUACAACAAUUCAAAUAAUCCUGAAGUUAGAAAGGAAGUUCUUCCUAGCAUUAGACGUAUUUUAAGUGGAUCCAAUGGCCGAAAGGGUGAUAUACCUGAAGUCUUAUUAAAACAGGUAACUACAAGACCUAAUAACAACUAUCAUCACCCGCCGUCCUCGCCAAUCGUUCUAAUUAAUUCGUCGUUAUUGGCAACACAUGAAGGUACUGUGGACAAUACGGAUAACAAACAAAACAUAAACAAAAUGAAAAAUAUGCGAGAUUCUGAGAAUGAUGAUGACCCACAACAAAAAGUAAAAUUUACAACAAGUACUCUUGGUGAGAGUAAUUUUACUUCGAAUAAUAUUACGUCAACGCCAUCAGCCGCUGCAGCAAUUGGUGGAAGCGAAAAAGUUAAAGCUGCUAUAUCAGCAGCAAUAGCAACAUCAACAACAUCAAGUAAUUUUGAUAUGUCGCUAUCGGUUGGUAAAAAUAAUGGAGAUAAAUUAUCGUCAUCGACUUCCUCAUCAACAUCAUCCAUAUCGUCAUCAACAUCUUCUUCAACAUUAGCAUCUGCGUCGGCACAUGCAACAUGGUCUUUGGCUUGGAAUAUUCAUGUGUAUUUAUCCGUUAUACUCUUUACUAUAUUGGCAGUAUAUUCAUUUUAUAAAAUGAUCACUUAUAACAAACUUACACAUCUUUUCUCCCAAUCAUAUUUCAUUUGCAUCCAUCUUAUUUUGAUCAUCAUAUGUACAGCUCGAACAUUCUAUUUAUGCUACGACGCGUAUAAUAUUCAUUCCAGUUUUCACAUUUUUAUAUCGGAAAUUCUACUUAAUUUACCAGCCACAUUCCUGACUAUAUCAUUUGCGGUUUUAAUAUUAUUUUUAUCUCUCAAGUCACUGAAUCAUAAGAAUAAUCGAUAUUCUGCGUUAAUACGACCGUUAACGGUAGUCGUAGGCUGUGGAGUACACGUAGUUUUAUGUAUUACUUUACAUUAUGUCGAAUCUUAUACUUUGCAAAAUCAUCAGCAGCAUUUGUAUUAUCAACAACAGCAGCAAUUACUUACAAAAAGACAGCUAAUGCAACAACAACAACAGCAAAACUUUCAAUACAAUUAUUUACAAAAUCAAUAUUCAUAUGCUGCCAAUAUUAUGGGUCUCGAAUCAAUGGCGUUUAGUUCGUCAAUGUCCUCAGUUCCGGGAGCUAACUUUCAUCAACAGACUAUAGCAACCAGUGUAUCUUCAUUGCCACCACCUCCACCUAGAGUAUUGUCAUUGAUAUGCCAAAUAAUUUAUAUAUUUGUAUGCUUUAGUUUGGGACUCUUGUAUCUCUAUUUAUAUCGCAUUUUAAAACGCAUUUUACGAAGUAAAUCUCAAAACUAUAUACACGGUUAUCAAAAUCUUUCAUAUGCUAUACACAUAACUAUAGCCACAGCGUUGCUUUUUGUGUUACUAGCAUCAUUACAAAUCUUCGGUGCUAUAAGCAUUUCAUCGUCCAGACCUUUAAUUACCAAAAAAACAGCUGAAAUUGACUGGCUGCAGUGGGGUUAUCAAUUUUCCUUGCGCCUUAUCGAAAUCGCAAUUAUAACGCUGAUCUCUUGGGUCACAGGUCUUAAAACGAGUAAUGGAAACAAUACGGUCAAUAUUAAUUUAACCAAUAACGAUUCUAGAGUGGUGACAGGUCAGGUAAACGGUGCCAAUUCAACGUUUAACACAAAUCUUAGUGUGAAUCCAGUGCGCGAAAAGCAUGGUGUCCAUAAUAGCCAAUACAACCACUCGAACAUGACAAAUUUCUUUUUGCCUUGUACCUCGAGUUCCAGUCAGGAACAGUUUGAUACAGAUUAUCCAGCAGUAUGUAAUGCAAAUACCAAUUUACAUACAUACACAAUGCGCACUGGUAAACUAAUAUACGAUGAUAGUUUUGCCUUGAAUACACUAAAUGUAAGCAAUACAGCUACUCCAGCAAGCGAUUUUCAUCAUCCACAUCACCAAGUUCAGCCACAUUCUAAACAGCCGCCACAAUCUACUUAUCAGCAUCCCUAUGAUUCUCAAUCUUUACACAGUUCGGCCCAUCACAAUGUUUCUGAAUAUGGUUCCAGGAUAAAUUAUAAGCCCGAAAACCAUUUACAAUACAACGAUUAUUUGACAGAUAAUACAACGGACCACUAUGAAAAUCCUAAUUUCGAUUUACGAGGUUCCGGUUCUGCUACUUCAGGAUCAGCUUUAGUGGUAAACUCUAAUACUGGCAAUGGAACAGUACAAAAGUUUGGUAAAAAUUCCAUUUCAAAUUCGACCACUACAGCUUCUAGCAGUAAUAAUUCAAAUAUGGGCUCUAACUCAUCGUCUGGUUCAUCGGCUACGUUGCAGCAGCAAAUGUUAUUGUUACAUGGUGGCGGUGACACAUGCUAUUCAGAGCCAAUUCAUGAAAACUAUGAUUUUAAUAAUUUUGAAAAACCAAAAUUUAAACAACAGCCCCAUGAUAAUUGGCCAGACGCUCAUAUUCCCGCUAUACUAAACAAACGUGAUAAGAAAAAAUCAUUAACUACCUUAGAAAGAUGUGGCUAUGAUAAGCCCGAGCGACGUAGUUCUAAUUCCACGCAUUCCUGCAAUUCGAAUAGCAAUUCCAACAAUAUUGGCGUUGGUGCUGCUAAUAAUGGUAAUGGCGGUGGUAGCUCACGCUAUGCUAGUUUUAAUACUUUUGAAAGAGCUCCUUUUAAUAAUGUGCGCAAAAGUGAUACGUUCAACAAUAUAACAUCUAACGGUCUAAAUAUAAUGCACGGACGCAAUAAUUCCUCAUCAUCAGCUACGUCAGCAACAUCGGUUAGUGGAUCUAGAAAUACUCCAUUAGGCAUACAGACUUUGGCAUCAACUGAAAGACAUCAUCAUGUUAUGCCUUCACGAAACUUACGAGCAAGUGGUAGUUCAAAAGUUUUAACAAAUAAUGCCUCUGGGCUUGAUGUUUUUUCACGUUCAACAAUAGAACGUUCAAGUAUUAGCCAUAACCAGCAGAGGCCUCUUAACCAGCUAAAUCAGUCUCAAGUACAAAACCAGUAUUCCGAUGAUGAUGACGAUGAUAAAGAUGACGAUAUAAUGUUAGCGGCAUCUCCACAUCAGGUGUAAUACUAUGAUACUAAGGCCUUGCAGCUGUCACAAUUAGUAAAAAAGAAUGAAUUCCCUGAUUAAUCUACAUGUGUAUAUAUACACUCAUAUAAAGGAGCUUAAAACAUUUUAAAACUCAAUUGAAUAUAAGUAUACAUAUAUUUCUUUGAGCUUCGAAAACCUUUAUAUUAUAUACAUAUAUGUAUGUAUACAUACUUUUUUGUUACCAUCUUACAAGCUUCUCUAGUAAUUUACAACUCAGGUACUUCUCAUAAAACAUCACACGUUGGUACAAAAAAUGAGAUCGCUAUCCGUAGUUGAGCAAGGUUUCGAGAGUAUGUGUAAUUAUACAACAGUUAAUGUAGUUAUCAGAUGGAAAGGAAUUCAAAACUUUUUGAAACUAAACAACCAAUCGAAUAAAAGGUUUAGUGUAGUCAUGCAUAUUUUUUUUUUAUUUAAAACGUCUUCUUUUAAAAAAUUCAACUAGACUUUUUUAUGUACAUUUAAAAAAAAUACAGAUAUUUUUAUUGAAAAAUAUAAAACUUAAAUUUAACUUAAAGCAACUCACAUUAAAUUCAACAUUUUGCGCAUACCUUUUCCAUAAUAUAUCAUCACAAAUUACAUUUUAUCUCCUUUCCAUUGCAAACUCAAAAUACAUAUAGCCUUCAUUAAUCAAAUCAUUACAUUUCAAUAUUUUUUAUUCAAAUGAAUUAACAAAUUUUUACAAUAAAUUUAAUUAAAUAUAUUGGAUAUAUAUACUACUUCAAUCUUAAAUAAAUUUUGUAAUACGUAUCAAUAUUUAUAGAACCACUCGUCUUAUUGUUCAUUUGUUUUUUAUUUAAUUCAUUACCUUAUCGAAUUGCGAUAUCAAAACUUUAAAUUCAUAAUUAUUAUGUUUUUUAUUACUGCAAUUUUUUGCACAUUAUUAAGCAAAUUCUUCAUAGUUGUAGUUUUUUUUUUCGUGUGUUUAUAUAUCUACAAAUGUCAAGUUCAUAGUUUUGCUAUAGUAAAAAACUUCAAAAUUUACAUUUCGUCCAUAUUACAGCAAUAUGAAAAUUUUAUUGGUUACACGGGCGGCAGUGAAAAAUUGACUAGUGCGGUUUUUAGAUCUAGUUGAAUAGUUAGUUAGUUUAAAAGGAGGAUGUAUAUACAUAAAAUCCGAAGAAAUAUACCUAGGCCUCUAUCGGGUCUAUUGUGCCUCAGGUGGGAAUCGAACCAACCAGUAGUGCAGUUUUUUUAAUACACUAGGUGAAGGUUGUAUGUGUUUCGACAUAGCCGAAUAUAAAAAGUCUUGUUUCUUUUUAAUUUUAGAUUGUAAGUAGGCUUUUAACUCAAACUUUCUUACAAUGUAUUUUAUUAUAUUUUAAGUGAACAGAAUAUGAUAUUUUUGUUAAUAUAGAAGUUUACAAAGAGUUCAAUGUUUAAGUGAAACAAUAUGCAAAGCACAAUGGGACAAGAUCAACAUAUUUUUGAAAUUAUGGUGCAAUCAUAUUAAUAAUUUUUUUCAUUUCUUUGAUUUUGAAUGGGCUAAUGAAAAGAAAAAUAAAAAAGUAAUUUUUUUAAAUAGUGUUUGUCAGAAAUAGACUUAAAGCCCAAAAAGGGAAAAGAUAAACAAAUUGAAUAAAUUGAUAUCGUUAACAGAGGCCGCAACGGGUCAGAAGUUUUGAAGUGCAUUUGAAAGGGGGAAAUUCGCUGUUGUUAAAAUGUUAUUAAAUAAUUCAUUUUGCAUGUUAUAUUAAAGAAAUCUUAAUAUACGCAACAAAUUUUUAAAAAACAUAAAAGUUAUUGAAAAUUGCCAAUUUUACUGUUUUAUAUCUUUCUGAAAUCCUAUUUAUGUUACAUUGCGUUUAUUUAAUGUCAAUAUUUUGUCAAAAACGAUUUCCCCUUGUAAAUAAGCGUUGCGGCAUCUGUUAACAUAGUUUUACAACCCAAAGAACAAUUCUAGAGAACACUAGCGUACAUUUUUAAGAAGGUGCAAAAGUCUUUUUCCAUUGCCGUUAAAAAAUUAAAUGUGGUUUGAAUAAAUAUGAGUUAAAAAUGUUUAUGUCCGACAACAAUGGAAUAUCUCCUUAUUUACUUCACUACACCUACGCACUGCACUUAAUCACUUCGUGAGUAUACAUACAAUGUAUAUACUUUUUGUAAUUUUCUCCCACCGUGUAAUCAUUAGUAACUAUACAAAUACUAAACAAUCAAAUUUUGUUAUUGAAAAGUAUUUAUCAUUCUGUUUUAAGAAUAAAUACGAUAGAUCCCGUUUAAUUUAAAUAUAAGCACUUUUAAUUUCUGGAAUGCUUAAAUAAUAAAUUCAGUUACAUAUUAAUAGUAAAGGAAAUAUUAAGGGUUUAUUAGUUUGAUUCACAUACAAUUUUCGAAAUUUCGAACUUUUAAAACUUUUAAUUUAUUACUUUACCAGAGGAUACAUUGGAACCAGUAAUAAAUUUAAAUUGAGAGUUCAAGCUCUAUAUAUAAUUGCUGACAGAAGCUACCUUUUCGUUUUAAUAAAAGAAAAAAAUUAUAAAUUAAAAAUACGAAUUAGUAUACACGUUGACAAUUUUUAUUUUAAAUUAUUAAUUUAUUUAAACUGUGAUUUUGAAUUAAAUACAAAUAUUAGAUUUUAGCUUCGGUAAGGCUAAAAAUAAAUAUCUUUCAAAGACGAGGAUUUGUAUUUCUUUUACAAUAUAUGAUUGUUUUUGCAAAAUGAUAGUUAUUCACGUUUUUAAAUAAAAAAACACAAAUGAACGAUGGAACUACGGUCUGUGGCUAUUUUAAAUAUUAAUACUUAAUUGACCAUUUCUACAAAUAACAUAUUUUUAAGUUUCCCCUGUUAUAUAGAUUGUAAAAUAUUGAUGAUUUUAAAUAUAUGUAAAUGGAUUUCCCUUAAAACGAAAUUCACCCCCCAUAUUAAGAUUUACACCAAUAAAUAUUAAAAAAGCAUUUGAAGUUAUUUA